GGCCGGGCUGGGCGCGGGCAGGGCCAGGGUUGCACCGAGCGCCGGGGCCGCACCGCCCGCUAUGCGAGAGACGCCGCGGCUCGCAGUGGAUGAGUCCUCUUGGAGAGAAGAAGCACAAUAAAAUGUGCUGGCAUAGCAAUUUGUGGCCUCAGUAUGGCUUUCAGAAGAUUGAGAGAAAUGAGGUGGUGUGGGAGAAAUGCAAGCACAGCAAUGACAUAAGGUUCCAGAAAAUGUUGGGUUGAGUUCCAUCACGACACUAAAUUUGUAAUGAAAUGGAGUCUGGGUCAAGCUCAUUUCGAGUGGAAUUUCCAGAUUUUUCUAGUACCAUUUUACAGAAGUUGAACCAACAGCGCCAGCAAGGACAAUUAUGUGACGUGUCCAUUGUGGUUCAGGGCCACCUCUUCAGAGCCCAUAAAGCUGUUCUUGCAGCUAGUUCACCUUACUUCUGUGAUCAGGUUCUCCUGAAAAACAGCAGGCGAAUAGUCCUGCCUGAUGUGAUGAAUCCCAGAGUAUUUGAAAACAUUCUUCUGUCUACCUACACAGGCAGGCUGGUAAUGCCUGCACCAGAAAUUGUCAGUUAUCUGACAGCAGCAAGUUUUCUUCAGAUGUGGCAUGUAGUGGAUAAAUGCACUGAAGUGCUAGAGGGGAAUCCAACAGUUCUGUGUCAGAAGAUGAAUCAUGGCAGUGACCAUCAGUCCCCAAGCAGUAGUAGUUACAAUGGCCUUGUUGAAACCUUUGAACUUGGCUCUGGAGGACAGACAGAAUUCCACAAAGUGCAGGAACUAAGGGAUGGCGAAAAUGAAGAAGAAAGCUCUAAAGAUGAGCUGUCAUGUCAGCUGACAGAACACGAGUACCUUCCCAGUAAUUCUUCAACAGAACAUGAUAGACUUAGCACUGGAAUGACCAGUCAGGAUGGGGAAGAAGGAACUAGUGAUAGUGCAGAGUACCAGUAUACCAGACCAAUGUAUAGCAAACCCAGCAUCAUGUCUCACAAGCGGUGGAUCCAUGUAAAACCAGAAAGGUUUGAACAGGACUGUGAAGGUGUUGAUAAUCCUUAUGAUGAACACCAGGUUUCUGAAUCCAUGAAUGCCAUUCAAGCAGAUCAUUCAAUCCAGUCUUCGGGUGUUGAAGACUUUCACAUAGGUGACAAAAAGAUGGAAACAGAAUUUGAUGAACAUGCAGAUGAAAGUAAUUAUGAUGAACAAGUUGACUUCUAUGGCUCGUCCAUGGAAGAAUUUUCUGGUGAAAGGGCAGAGGGAAAUUUAAGUGCUCACAGACAGGACCUUAUGAUAGCAGCAGGCUAUGGUGAGGGCAUUGAUAUGGCUGCCGGGAUUAAAGAAGAAACAUCUCUCACUGGAUUCUCCCAUGCUGAUAAGCUCUAUCCUUGUCAGUGCGGAAAAAGUUUUACACACAAAAGUCAGAGAGAUCGACAUAUGAGUAUGCACCUCGGUCUUCGACCUUAUGGCUGUGGUGUCUGUGGUAAGAAAUUCAAAAUGAAACACCAUCUUGUAGGCCAUAUGAAAAUUCAUACAGGCAUCAAACCAUACGAGUGUAACAUCUGUGGGAAAAGAUUUAUGUGGCGGGACAGUUUUCAUCGGCAUGUGACUUCUUGUACCAAGUCCUAUCAAGCUUCUAAAGCUGAGCAGAGUACUACUGAGAUGAACUAAGACAUUAGUGCUUACAUCUGUUUAAUAGAGUAAGACAAAUAAACUAAUUAUGCAAAUGAUGUCUGGUACUUGCUAUUGUACGUUCUCAAAAAACAAGUUUUAGUGAUUAUGCUGGUAUAAACAGAUCAAACUUAUUUUGCUUUCUGCAGUAGUACUCCAGGUGUUCAGGGUGUGAAGUGCAAAUGGUUAAUCUGAAAGAUGCUUGUAAAAGCAGUCUGACAUUGAUGGUAAUCACAGCAGUAUUUAGAAGCUCUCUUGUAUUUCUAAGUCAUCUAAAUUCACAGUAAAACUCAGCUCUAAAUUGACAAAAAUCCUGAAAAUACUUAGAUGAAGCAGGAGUCCAGGUAGCACUACUUAGUAGAGAACUAAGAUGACCAAACCAGGUUAUACGAUUCACCUUUUAAUGGAAAAAUAAAAAAAAAUUGAAAUUUCACCUCAGACAGAAGACUCCAACGUACUUCCUAUGCAUCAUUAGAUAGUCUGCAUCAUUUGGUAGCCUUUGCUGUAUUGCUAAACGCAAGGCAGUGGUAAAGGUGCUUUGGCUUUCCUUUAUCUGUCUUCCAUUUUUUUAAUUAUCUUGAGUAAAACAAAUGUCUAAUUUUGUGCUAAUUUUUAUUUAAGGUCUGUAAGGCACUUAAAUAUAGUUUAUCAAUAUAUAAACUUCAGUAUGUAUUAAGUAUAAUUUGUCCUUGCUCCUCUAGGGUCUAAUGCUGUAUGACUUUUGACUUCAUUAGAUUUUAAUUGCUACAUCGUGAGAGCUUCUAGAAGUGUGUGUAAUAAGUAUAGGAAAAAAAAUAAUAUGUAACAUUUGGAACUUACUCAAAGUAACCACAUAUACUUAAACUGUAGUUUCUGUUCAAAUUUUUGUGACUUACUACAGUAGCAAGUACCAAACUGGAUUCAUGAACUGACUUUUUAUUGGUACAAAAACUUCUUUGAGAACUUCUAUCUAGUUUUUGAAACUUGCCUUAGGAAAAUUAUGUAGUCAUUGGUAGGUAUUUAUACUUUUAAUUCUUUACUCUUUGAUUAGUAAGAACUAUAAUAUAGAUUCUUGGUACUAAACUACUGUGACUGAUUAGGUGUGAUCACGAGCAGAGUUGUUUACCUCUUCAAAUGAAGUUGCUUGUGAAAAAAAAGUAGGAAGUAUGAUUUGGAUCUUCUAAUGGUACUGCAGAACAUGGUACCAUACUUAUGUCUUAAGUUGGAAUUCUUGCUGGGAAAGUGGCACUUGUUCUUUGUUAGGAUUAGUAUCAAUGUGUGGGGCUCUCGCUUGUGGAGAUGGAUGGAGGAGCGUGUACGGUUCUGAGAGAUGCUGCCAGCUCUGCAGGGAGAGGGAAGGCAUGAGUUGUAAAGGUGACAACAGGAUUUUGGGGUUGAAAUCUUUAUGCAGUGCAAUGCAAAAGCAAUUAACCCUUGUUAGUAGCUUACCGAAACAUAAAAAGGAAAGAGCCUUUAGAGCAUACAUAGGCUAUAACGGAAAGAGGUGAUGUCCAAGUACAGUGCUGAUAACACAGGAAAAAUGUCAACCAGUAUUGAAGGCCUGAGCCUAUGUGGCCCCAGUUUCUGUAUUAGGCACUGCAGUGUGCAGAAUAAUGUACUGAAACAGAUAACCUUGUGUAGUGAAGCAAAACCACACAAAGAUUAUUACUCUUCAGUUUCUUUUUUGAACUCCCAGUUACAAAUUGUCUUAAGAUGCAACUGAACUGUAUCCUGAACAUGAAUGUCUUCUGUGAGCUGAGGGUUUACUACUCAGUGGGCUUUAAUUACAGUAAUUUCUUUACUGGCAUUCUACUUACAAACUUUAAUUUUUUUUAAGAGGCUCUUAAUUCUUAAUCUUCUAAUACUUCAGAUAUUUUUCAUAUGGAAUUUUGUUAAAACAUAUUCCCAAAUACAAUGAACCCAUUGCUGGCAAUGGGCAUGAAUGAUCAGCACCACAGAGUUCCUGUUCUUUGCAUUUAAUUGAACUCUACAAAUAUUAUGGUGGCCAUGUAUAACCCUUGUGAUCAAGGUACCGAAACAGGGAUUUUGCUCACUAACACUGUAACCUGCUUAAUGUAAAGAAGCACUUUGUAUUUAAAC